AUCCUUGAGGACUACCUGCUGGUGGAAGAUGUGCCUCUGCUGGAGGAGAUGGCUGAAGAGGAUGAAGAGCUCGACCUGUACAACGAGAUGACUUUUGGGCUAGACCGAGACUCCACUGAGGAGGACACCAUGAAAUCCCUGAUGCCUCCAGAGAUAAGCCCCGAGCUGGCCAAAGCAGUGGCAGAGGAGACUGAGGCUGGGGAGGAACUGGGGCUCAGAGCGGCUGAGCAGCUGGAGGAGCUGGGAGAACCCCAGGAGGAAAGUGGGAUGGAGCUGGAGGUUGAGAAGGUCGGCUCUGAGUUGGAGGAAGAGGAGGAGGAGGAGGAGGAACUAGGGACUGAGGAACAGGAGGAAGACCAGGAGCCCUGCGAGGAGCCAAACGACCUGGGAGACCCGGCGGUGAUGAGAGCUGUGCAGAGCAAACCCACGCUGGAGAGCCAGGACUCAGCAGUGCUGGACAGCAGGAUUGGUGCUUCCUGGGCAGAGUUCGGCAAAGAGGACCUGCUGGCGAUGGAUCCUGCUGCGUGGGGCUCCUGCCCCAGCAGCAUCCUACCCCACCAUGUGCUGGAGGAUAAAGCUAUCUUCCAGGUCCUGGAGAGGCCCCCACCAUCCACCAAUGUGGCCCUUGACUUUCUCCGCUGCCCCAUGCAGAGGGGCUAUGGGGGGUCUCCCCGGCUCAAGCGCCCUGACUUAAGACUGAUGCCCCCCAAGUCCUUCCCACAGCGCUUUCUCCGGCAGUCACCCCUGAUGCCUCGCUCCCCGUGCUCCCCUCGGCCCUUCACGCCGGCUCGCAGGACCUCUCCGCUCUUCACUUCUAACCAGACCACAGGGUACGCUUCUCCGGCUCCUUUCCGGCCCAUGUCGCCCAACAUCGGCAGCCCACCGCGGCCUCUCGCCAUGCACUUCGGUCCCAUGUCUCCCUCUUUGGACCCUGCUCUCUUCUUCAGUCCGUCAGCCAGUGGCCAGCUGAACCUCAGUGCGCCCAGCCAUAUGACCCAGCUGCACCCCCAGCACCAGCGGAUGUUGACCCAGCGGCAGCAGCAAGGCGGGCAGGCGCAGAGCAUCUCUGCCAAGAAGCUGUGGUCUCCUAAAGUGGACCCUGAUGCUGGGCUGAUGACCUCCAAGGAGAAGGACUGGGUUGUUAAGGUGGAGAUGAUCCAGCUGCAGAGUGAGAACAUGGAUGAUGACUACUACUACCAGACAUACUACCACCGGCUGGAGCGCAAACAGGCAGAGGAGGAGCUGUUCGGUGGGCGCAACAAGCAGGAGCCCACCAAGCUGGUCACACCAUUCAUCCAAAAAGUGGAGACAUAUGACUCUGUGGUGCGCAUUGCGGGCUCGCUGGGCCAGGUUGCGGUGUCCACCUGCUACAGCCCUCGCCGGGCUAUCGAUGCUGUGCACCAUGCCCUCGUGGAGGAGGCUGCGGGGAGCCACCGGCUUCGGGCGCUGCACAGGAUUGAAAAGCUCUUCUUGCAGCUGCUGGAAGUGGAGGAAAUACAGCGGAAGAUGUCCCUGGCCCCGGAGGAGCAGCAGCCCUGCUGUCAGGAGCAGAAGAGCCGAGAAGUGGAGCGUAUCUACCAAGCGUUGAAAAUCGGGGCUUGCAGCAGUGAAGAGGAGGCAGAAGAUGAGUUCCUGCAGCUCCUGUGUGUGCGGAAGGGCAAGAAGCUCACAGCCCGGCUGCUGCCCCACCUGACCCAGGAGCAAGUGGAGAAGAUCCUGCUGACCAUCACCCACCACCUGCCCUUCCUCAUGAAGAAGGACGUGUUGGACGAGUCUCUCCCCCUGCUCUACAGCCCAUUGAAUGAGGUGGUGGGCGGGAUGACCUUCAGCAAACUCAUUGAGGUCCUGCGGGAGAUGACCAGGCCUCUGCCCGAGUCCCCCGAGCUCCCCCUCACCAUGGCCUUGAAGAACCAGUUUGGGAUCUCCUUGCUCUACUCCCUGCUGAGCCAUGGCGAGAGGCUGCUGUCCUCUGACGCGCCGCUGGAGCCACGCAGCGGGGACUUUGAGACGUGGACGGACACGGUGUUCCUGGUCGCCCGGGAGCUGUCACAAGUGCCGAAGGCCUUGCUGGUGGAGCCUCUCUUCUUGCCCAGCAAUCUUCUCUCGCUCUUCUGCCGCUACCUGGACAAGCAGACCAUCCACCACCUGGAAGCCAAGAUGGA